AUACUGUUGGAAGAAGCCAAAGAUUUGCUGUCUGACUGGUUGGACACAAAAUUUGGCAGUCAAGUGACUGACAAUUCCAUAUUCUCAAAGCUCCCCAAAUUCUGGGAAGGGGAAUUUCAUAAAGAUAUGGAAGCACUCAAUGUUUUACCUCCAGAUGUUUUAACACGGGUCAGUGAAUAUGUGCCAGAGAUUGUGGAUUUUGUGAAAAAGAUUGUGGAUAAUGGUUAUGGGUAUGUGUCCAAUGGAUCUGUAUACUUUGAUACUGUGAAGUUUGAUUCCAGUCAAAAACACUCCUAUGCUAAGUUGGUUCCUGAAGCUGUGGGUGAUCAAAAAGCUCUUCAGGAGGGUGAAGGUGACCUGAGCAUCUCAGCUGAUCGCUUAAGUGAGAAGCACUCUCCAAAUGAUUUUGCUUUGUGGAAAUCCUCGAAGCCAGGAGAGCCCUCAUGGGACUCUCCAUGGGGAAGGGGUCGUCCAGGUUGGCAUAUUGAAUGUUCCGCGAUGGCUGGAUCCAUUCUAGGGGAGUCGAUGGAUAUUCAUGGAGGAGGGUUUGAUCUCAGAUUUCCCCAUCAUGACAAUGAACUGGCACAGUCUGAGGCAUACUUUGAAAAUGAUCACUGGGUUCGGUAUUUUCUGCAUACUGGCCACUUAACAAUCGCUGGCUGUAAAAUGUCCAAAUCUCUGAAGAAUUUUAUUACCAUAAAAGAUGCACUGAAGAAACAUACAGCACGACAGUUACGGUUGGCUUUCCUCAUGCACUCUUGGAAGGAUACACUGGAUUAUUCAAAUAAUACCAUGGAGUCAGCUAUUCAGUAUGAGAAGUUUAUGAAUGAGUUCUUUUUAAAUGUGAAGGAUAUUCUUCGAGCUCCCACUGAUGUGACAGGCCAGUUUCAGAAAUGGGAAAAUCAGGAAGCAGAGCUGAACAAAAAUUUUUACGACAAGAAGGCAGCAAUUCAUGAAGCACUGUGUGACAAUAUUGACACUCGCUCUGUCUUAGAAGAAAUGCGUUCACUCGUCAGUCAGAGUAACUCCUAUAUUGCUGCAAAGAAAUCUUCAAGACAAAUCCCAAACAGACUUCUUUUAGAAAACAUCAGUUUGUAUCUCACUCAAAUGCUGAAGAUUUUUGGUGCCGUAGAAAGUGAUGAUGCAAUUGGUUUUCCUGUUGGAGGGAGUAGUCAAAACAUAAAUAUUGAAUCUACAGUGAUGCCAUACCUACAAGUUCUUUCUGAGUUCAGAGAAGGCGUGCGACAAAUUGCCAAAGAGAAGAAAGUAACUGAGCUGCUGCAGUUGAGCGAUGCUCUUCGAGAUGACAUCCUUCCUGAACUUGGUGUUCGAUUUGAAGAUCAUGAAGGACUUCCGACUGUGGUUAAAUUAGUGGAUAAGGACACUUUAUUGAGAGAAAGAGAAGAAAAGAAAAAGAUUGAAGAGGAGAAAAAAAGGAAGAAAGAAGAAGCAGCCAGGAAAAAACAACAGCAGGAAGCAGCAAAACUGGCAAAAAUGAAGAUUCCACCACAUGAAAUGUUUAAAUCGGAACAUGACAAAUAUUCCAUGUUUGAUGAAAACGGAUUUCCCACCCAUGAUACAGAAGGCAAAGAACUCAGCAAAGGACAAAUUAAGAAGCUAAAGAAACUUUAUGAAACCCAAGAAAAGCUAUACAGGGAGUAUCUACAAAUGGUUCAGAAUGGAAGCGCAAACUGAUAACAGGACUUUUUUUUAGAAGGCGAGUGGUGGGUCACUAUUGAAGAAGUGAGUGUCUACUGAUGCUCAAAUUUCUGUUUACACUUUCUAUUAUGUGCAAAGUAAAAAUCCUGUUUACGUGGAUUAAUAAUGUCAUCUGGAAAGUCAAUAAAAAUACAUUCUUAAAAAAAAGCCAACCUGUAAGAUGUUUCUUCACAACAACAGUAGCAGGUUGAAUGGUUGCCAGUUCUAUUUGGGAAGGUGCUGCUCAGUCAGCAAAUCCACAUAAGGAUUCUUGUUUAUUAUACCUGUCCAGGCUGUGGUUAGUUUGUGCUGCAUACUGAUCUCCAUCUAAGACCCGCUGUAGCUUGCAUUGUGGAAUAUGUCACAGUCAGCAAAAUCUGCUACUAAAUGGGAGCUGAGUAAUUUGUCCCACAGCAAGAACAGUAUUUUCCAGAUGACUUUAGUAUCUUUACAUAAGCAGGAAAAGUGGGUAGUUCCACUAUGAUACUUACUCUAGCUGCUGCUAUUAAAAACUCUGAUAAGUAUACCCAGAACACUUUGCAUAGUAGAAGCUAACAGUCCCUUUGUUGCAAAAGGGAACUGAUCAUCAUCUUUGCUCAACCUGCAUUGCAGUCAAGUGGGUAAGUACACAGCAAAU